AGGAUGUCACAGCUGAGCCUGGGACUGUGGCCUGAGGUGGCCUCCCCAUGGCAGCUCCUGCUGCUGGUUGGGGCCCUCUGGCUCCUGGCCCGAAUUCUGACCCAGAUCUAUGCUGCCUAUGGGAACUACCGUCGCCUCCGUGGUUUCCCUCAGCCCCCCAAAAGGAACUGGCUUAUGGGCCAUGUGGGCAUGGUCCCUCAAACGGAGGAGGGCAUGAAGAAAGUGGCUAAACUGGUAGAAACUUAUCCCCAGGGCUUUUUGGCGUGGAUGACCCCAUUGGUCCCCAUUAUCAAUCUGUGCCACCCCGACGUUGCCAAAUCUGUCCUCAAUGCCUCAGCUGCAGUUGCUCUCAAGGACGUGAUAUUCUACAGCUUUCUGAAACCCUGGCUGGGAGAUGGGCUCUUGGUGAGUGCUGGUGAAAAAUGGAGCCACCACCGGCGCAUGCUGACACCCGCCUUCCAUUUCAACAUCCUGAAGCCCUAUGUGAAGAUUUUCAAUGACAGCACCAACAUCAUGCACGCAAAAUGGCAGCGCUUGAUCUCUGAGGGUAACACCCGCCUGAAUAUGUUUGAGCAUGUCAGCCUGAUGACCUUGGACAGUCUGCAGAAAUGCGUCUUCAGCUUUGAUAGCAACUGUCAGGAGAAGCCUAGUGAAUAUAUUGCCACCAUCUUGGAGCUCAGUGCACUGGUAUCUAGAAGGAACCAACAGCCCCUGCUACACAUGGACAUGCUGUACCAUCUCACCCCAGAUGGGAUGCACUUCCGAAAGGCUUGCAGCAUUGUGCAUGAAUUCACUGACGCUGUCAUCCAGGAGCGGCGCCACACUCUCCCCAGUCAGGGUUUGGAUGACUUCCUCAAAGACAAGGCCAAGUCCAAGACUUUGGACUUCAUUGAUGUGCUACUGCUGACCAAGGAUGAAGAUGGAAAGGAGCUGUCAGAUGAGGACAUCAGAGCAGAGGCUGACACCUUCAUGUUUGAGGGCCAUGACACCACGGCCAGUGGGCUCUCCUGGACCCUGUACAACCUGGCGAGGCACCCGGAAUACCAGGAGCGCUGCCGGCAGGAGGUGCGGGAGCUGCUGAGGGACCGAGAGCUUGAGGAGAUUGACUGGGAUGACCUGGCCCAGCUGCCCUUCCUGACCAUGUGCAUCAAGGAGAGUCUGCGGCUGCAUCCCCCAGUUACUGCCAUCUCCCGCUGCUGCACCCAGGACAUUUCCCUCCCAGAUGGCAGGGUCAUCCCUAAAGGUGUUACCUGCAUCAUCAGCAUCUUUGGGAUUCAUCACAACCCGUCUGUGUGGCCAGACCCCGAGGUCUAUGAUCCCUUCCGCUUUGACCUAGAGAACAUCAAAGACAGAUCUCCUCUGGCUUUUAUUCCGUUCUCCGCGGGGCCCAGGAACUGCAUAGGACAGACUUUCGCCAUGAGCGAGAUGAAGGUGGUGCUGGCGCUCACCCUGCUGCGCUUCCGCAUCCUGCCCGACGACAAGGAGCCACGUCGGAAGCCGGAGCUGAUCCUGCGCGCAGAGGGUGGGCUGUGGCUGCGGGUGGAGCCGCUGAGUGUGGGCACAAAGUGA